CUAACUCAGCCCAAAAUACAGCAUCCUGACGACAAAACUCAGGUUAAAGAGGAAAUGAUGGACAACAGAGGCAACUCCUGUCUGCCUGACAAACUUCCUAUCUUCCCCGAUUCUGCCCGCUUGCCACUGACCAGGUCCUUCUAUCUGGAGCCCAUGGUCACUUUCCACCUGCACCCGGAGGCCCCGGUGCCAUCCCCUUACUCUGAGGAGCUGCCACUGCUGCCUUUUCCCAGUGACUCCCUCAUCCUGGGAAAUUACGGUGAACCCUGCCCCUUCUCUUUCCCUAUGCCCUACCCAAGUUACGGAAGGUGUGAGUACUCCUACGGGCCGGCCUUCAUCCGGAAAAGGAAUGAGCGGGAACGGCAGCGCGUGAAAUGUGUCAAUGAAGGCUAUGCCCAGCUCCGUCAUCAUCUGCCAGAGGAGUAUUUGGAGAAGCGACUCAGCAAAGUGGAAACCCUCAGAGCUGCAAUCAAGUACAUUAACUACCUGCAGUCUCUUCUGUACCCUGAUAAAGCUGAGACCAAGAAUAACGCUGGAAAAGUUUCUUCCAUGAUAGCAACCACCAGCCACCAUGCUGACCCUAUGUUCAGAAUUGUUUGAGUCGUUGUUUCCAAAUAGAAGUGAAUAAUAUCACAAAAUGAGGUAUCUUACAGCAUCAUUCAACAGUUUUU